AGUAAAUAUCUAUAAACUUCGAAGUCUUUUAUCUUUUCAAUAUAUUGAUGAAAAGAAAAAGGAUCAGGGAAUAAGUGUACGUGAAAAAACUCGGAAAUUAAUUGAUUUAGUUUAUGAUCAAGAGAAAUUAAGAAAAGAACGAGAGAUUGCUCGGAGGAAUCAAGGGAAGUACAUUGGUGCUAGCGCUACUGAUGCCAGAUACGCUGGAAUUGGAACUCCGUUUCAGCAAGAUUAUUUUAAUGCACCGGGCAGAGAUCAAACAGUUAGUCGGCCCGAAAAAAUGUCAAACAGAGAAUUAUCGUACUUUUCACAGGAAGAAGGAAAAACAACUGCAUUUAGUGCUCAAUCCGAAAGUCCGCCGCGAAGGACGAAUAAAGCUUUAACAAUAACUUCUCGUGCGCGUGAAGUUCAAACUUUUUCACGCGAGAAGGAGCGGGAGGCCUCGACAUCAUCCGCGGAAGAAGAUGAAUGGGGUGAGUUUAAAUGUGCUGUUGUCUCUUCGGCCCAACCAAUUAGGAAUUCUAAUGCUAUCGACUUACUUUCUACUGAUUUUCCUGUGAUCAAUGGCAACGAACGACUUUUUAAACACGACAUUCCAACUUUGGAUAUAGUGGGAGGGCUCGUCCAACAGCCUUUUGAAAACGGGGACGAUUUAGAUUUUAUUGGGCCCGAUUUAUCUAGCCGACCGUCUAGUCAAUUAAAUGUGGAUCUUUUUGCAACACAUAAACAACCACCCACCAAUAGAAGCGCAGACCUUCGCAUUAGCCCUGCCGAAUUACCUUUAAGCAAUGCCAAUAUAACCAGUAGGGUUCCGAUUACUCACGAUGCUCGCUCUUCCCUAAUCUCGUCUCAAAAUGCUUUUGAUAAACAAUACUCAAAUAGGAAUUCGGCCUUUUCUGAUUUAGUUGAGCUUAAUUCCCACCAGUCUCAGAAAGCUGAAAAGAGCGCCCUAUCGUUAAACGUCCUACUGAAUACCAAAAAACAACAACCUAUUGAUAAUAAUUUAUCUUAAAUUAAAUAAUUCUGGUCUUA